AUGUCGGCAUCAUUGUUUGUGUUCGUUGUUGGCGCUUUACUAGUCACUCUUGCUACUGGGUCUCGUUGGCUUGUACACAGUGACAAUAGCGGCUCUUGCUCGUCUACAAAUGUGGAAGAAUAUUCAAGUUGUGUUGAGAAUCUAGAGAAUGCACUCAACUCUCUAGCGCAAAGUGGCUCUUUGCAAGACAACGUGACGCUAGUUCUCGCUAGAGGAAACCACAGACUAACAUUACCAGUUGUCUUUACGGACGUCAUCGGAUUUAGUAUAGUAGCAAAAGACGACGACAAGCGGCAUGUGAUUAUCAACGCUACAGUAGACAAGACGACAACAGAAAGCGUCGGUCGACAGACAAAGAUUACAUUUCACUCGUCUAGUCGCUUUCAUAUGUCUAACGUGACUGUAGUGAUGCUGUCUGAAGGUACCGUGUUCAACUUUACCGGAUGUCAGAACGUGAAAAUCGUCGAUUGUGAAUUUGUCAACCAAUUUGGUGUGUCGUCUGCUAUUCUGUUUGCAAACUCGCUCGACGUCGACAUUCACGCUUGUCACUUUUUGUUUCAAGUGUCCACCGCAUUUGAUGGGAUUGGGUUGGAAGCCAUUCAUUUGCGUAAGCAAAAUAAUGAAGCAACAAUUUUGGGUUUCGUCAUUGCAGACCAUAUCAGUGCACCGCUCAACAACUCUGUACCCAUGGCAAGUACCCUAGCACUAUCUGUCACAAACUGCAAAUUUGUCCCAAAGUCAAAGUAUGAAAUGGAGGAGCUGGCUGGUUAUGUACAUCUUGGAGAAUAUCACAUCUCCCCUCUGUCUCAGAUUUCAUUGCUUCAAGUGAUUAUCGCUGGUUUAUCUGCAAGAGACAUAAAUGUUGUAAUAUCAGACUGCUAUGUGAGUGGUCUGACGAUUGGUGAGGGUGUGCCCACUUCCUUCUUGAUUGCUAACAAAUCAAGCGGGAACUCGAUUUUGUUGAGAAACAACCGAAUUGAAGACAAUCGCUGUAUUAGCGGCUGUGGCAUUCUAAUUCUGUUUACUAAUAACACAUACAAUAACACUAUGAUCGUGUCCAAUACAACUUUUACUAACAACAUUGCUUUGGUCGAGGGAGGAGCAGUAUUCGCUUUACUGGAAGAUUUGGCGCAAGUUGAAAUUGAAAACGUUCUCCUUGUGGACAACUGCGUGUUUCGUGCGAACAGAGCAGACACUUUCUUUGGAGGAGGAUCUUCGGUCAUGAUCUAUUCAAAUCGAGAUUUUAGUGGCUCGAGCGUCAAAGGCGAACUGAGGAGAGAAAGCACUGUUCACUUCAAUGACUGCACGUUUAUUGACAACAUUGCUGAGCGUGCAGCUGUCUAUACAAAAGACACAGACGUCACGUUUACUGGCAACUGCACUUUUGUGAACAACACAGGCGGUGCUAUUUACGCAUUUCGAUCUAAUGUAACCUUUCGUGGUGGACAUUACGUUUUUACUGAAAAUAAAGGGUUAACUAAUGGUGGAGCGAUAUCUUUACAUUCAUGGAGUUACGUGGCUUUCAACGAGGUCAAGUCAGCCUAUUUCAUACGUAACGCUGCGGCUGUGUUUGGCGGUGCGAUUUGGGCUGAAGUUACAUCGUCAUCGGCAGUUUUCAUAGAAAUUCAGAAUCAGUGGUCCAAAGUCCCGACAAACUUUUCGUGUUUCAUAGACGUGCAUCCAUCGGUGCCGUUUGACUACGGUGGCUCAAAUCCUGAUGCAACCAUUCAUUUCUUCAACAACACGGCAUCUUUUGCUGGUCGUGAUGUGUUUGCGACGACGUUUCGUUUGUGCAAUGGCACCGUUGUUGCGCCAACAGAUCUUUCUGUCGGCAACGAGAGCUAUCCUGUGGCCAGCAGUCCGAAUCUACUAUCGUUCGAGUCAGCGUCGUGUAAAUGCUCGAGACAAAUUACAUCAAACAUUUCUCUUAUCGAUUACGCUGCUGGCCAGUGCAGUCGAAGUGUAAUGAAUGCCACCAUUGAGAGGACGGUUUCUACUCAAUUGUUUACCAAAAUGAAAACGUCUCUAGAAUGCUGGAGAAAAAGCCUUUCGUUUGUCGUUUCGGGAGCGUUUUCUUCUGGAAAUCCUUAUCUCUACAUGCCCGACUCGUUUCUCUUUAAGUAUUUGUGGGUGCCAUUUAGUACGUGCAUAUUUGACGGCUCUCGGGGUUUAGGAAUCGACUUCACUUCUUCUCUGCUGGGCAACUACCCGAUUUGUUUAGCACCCGUACAACCUUCAUCGAUCAUUCUCAAUCCCGCACCUGGAGAGAAGUUUAAUCUUACGUUGAACGGUUGGGACGAGUUUCUGCAACCUGCAGCCACAGUGGCGACUAUUACAGUUUCGCAAUAUUAUUUCUCUACUUCUCAAAACGUGUUGCUGCGACACGCGGGCACCGAAUAUGGCAGAGACGACGGGUUUUCUUUUAAUCCGCUACAACCGAUCAAUGAUUUGUCCCUUGCCGGUCCGGUCGAUGCGUCGGGAACUUUGUACAUUCUGUGGCCGUCUUAUUUGAGGGGCUACUUCUGCACCUUGUCUAUUUCGUUCAAACUGGCGCCAUGUCACCCUGGAUUCAAUAGACCCGUCGCAAAUUCAGACAAACAAUGGACCGACGAUUACAUUGCUAAUUCUCGUACUCGUCCAGUUUCCGAGGCCAGUUCUAACAUGACUUGCUCUUGUGCUAAAAAAGCUGGAUUAAUAUGUAACAAUGACGGCAAAACAGUGGAAGUGAAGUCUGAUUACUGGGCGGGAUACAUCAAAGAUAGUGCAAACGAAAUAGAUACACAUCAGUGUGUUGGCCAUUGUGCAACAGAAACGUUAGGAUUGGCCACGUCUACUUGGCAAUUUGAUAUUGAUAAUCCGGAUAAGCACUGCACACAAUUUCGAACGGGAGUUUUAUGUGGAGAAUGUCAAGCCAAUUACUCGCAAGUUCCUGCCGCCACGGUUUGUCAGAUGUGUCAAGACAGCUGGCUUGCGGGUUUAGUCGGGGAAACGUUCUACAUUUUGAUUGGCGGCAUCUUAUUUAUUGCUUUGAGUUUGAAGUUUCGACUACUUAACAGCCAAUACGCAGAAGCGUGGCUCUUUUACGUUCAGACUGUUCUAUUAACGAUCCGACCAGAACAGGAAUAUUUUGUGCUUUCUACAGUAGCAGGCUCGCUCGUAAACGUGAUCGGAUUUUGCAUUCAUCCUCAUCUCAUGGAACUUGAUCGGCUGGUUGCCCUUGCUCUUCCGUCUUUGUAUCUUCUUUUUCUCGUCAUUGUUCUCUACUGUGUUAGCUACAUGCGUCCCUUUUCUAAGUACAUCCAACGUCCUGAAUUGACGAACACGUUUCUACUCGUUAUCAUUAUUACUUAUAGUCCCCUUGCUAUAAUGGCCUGCUUCUCACUUAGCUGCAGAAUUGCUGUCGGAGGAGAUGUGCGAUUGUUUGUAGAUCCGACGACCGUUUGCUUUAGUGAUGAACAUCUUCCUUACGCUAUCAUUUCUGUCAUCUUAUUAGUUGGAUUUCUUAUUCCUUUGCCGGGAUUGUUGAUGUAUGGACUGCGGACGAAAGAAGAUUCGAAGCGAACCGGAUGGUAUUAUCGAUUAUCCAAGCUUUGCGCAAGUCGCUACAAAGAGAAUAGAGAAUGGUGGAUAGGAGUCACUUUGUGGAGACGUCUGUUUCUUAGUACCGUAGCUGCUCUGCUUCCGUUUUCUUUGCAAACGCGUCAGAUCAUUAUGUUUAUUGCUUUCCUAGUUGUGUUUUCUGUGUCUGCUUUGGUGAAACCUUACAAAUCCAGAAAUGCGAACAUAUAUGAGUUUGUCCUGCUUGCCAACAUGUGCCUUUUGUCUGCAUUCAGUAUCAGUGAACUGGUCGACAUUACAGAAGGAGAACAGAUCGUCUUGACCGAAAUACUGAUUGUUGUUCUCAUAUGGCCAAACAUCAGCAUUUUGGUCAUCGCUCUCUACAAGAACUGGCAUAACAUAAAGCGUCUGGGCAAUUGGUUAAGGAAAAAAUGUUGCUGUGGAUGUUUAACCGCCGAUACAACUGCUACGUACUCUCUACAGACCGUAGACAGGAAACGCCGCAAAAAGGUUUCGCCGUUCGUUGUCUUGCCUGAUUAUGAGAAAAGGGGAAGCAAUUUUCCAGGGUUGAGAGACCCUCUACUGCUUGACGAAGGAGAAGCGCUUUGAACUUCUAGAUAAUUAUAGUUAUAGUAACAGCGUACUUUUUAGUAAACAUUUGAAUGGAACUACUAUCUAGGGUACACAUGUAUUCACUGCUCUACUUACGUAAUUACUGUAAUGUACCAGUCAACCUCUCUAGGGAACGGAGCAAGGUCUUUGGUCUUACUUUUCAAUUGAG